AUGCGGGUUGGCAGGGGCUACGAGAUGGCUGUUCUUGGAAGAACAAACUUUGGGAGGGUGGGAGACAAGCCCUUGGGCGUCAUGAACCGCAGCAAAGCAGCGCCGGGAGGGGGUAUCUGGGAUCCUUGGCACGAGGGCGCGGGGUCGCCUCGCCCGCCAGACCAGUCGCUGGCAGUCAAACGAGGCAGACAGACGCACGCGUACGGCGCACGCGAGCUGAAGCGGGAGCUUUCUCCCGCCGCGCUACUCGAGUGCCGCCAAACAGGGCGGCUCUUCGGCUUUUCGCAGGGUCAACGGAGGUCCCACUAG